AUGUUUGGUGCUCGAGCAGAAGGGCCAUACUCAUUUCAAACAUGUAAAGGAUCAUGUGCAAAUGAUGAAGAUCCCGUGAAAAGUAGUCAAGAAAUACAGUGCUCAGGAUUCAAUUAUCGUCAAGGACUAUCACAGUAUUCGCAACAUUGCCAGUUGUAUCAGGCUGAUCAGUUACAACACGGAGAAAGUUUUUUUGAAGCUGACGAUAGGUAUUCAUUCUACUGGGAGUAUUGUGUUCAAUCGAACAAAAGUUGCUCUGGAGACUAUGCGUUCACAUACUUAUCAGAUCGUUACAUGGAUCUUCAAGAAGUUCGAGAAGUGAUUAGUACACAAACGCUGGAAGAUUGCUUAACUGCGUGUUUGGAUGUAACUAAUUACGCAUGUCGCAGUGCAUCUUACAACCGUACUGAUGGCGAUUGUCUUUUAUCACAUCAUAAUCAGUUGAGCAAACCAGCAAUGAUUAAGAUCAAUAAUAAUCCCAAUUACCGAAUUGAUUAUUACGAAAACAAUUGCGUCAACAGUUACUUUCAAAAAAUUGUCGAUCACUUUAUAAAAUUAAAUAAUAAUUAUGGUUUAAAUAAAAAUGAUACUUUUAAUAUAUUGACGACAAUAAAAACUGACAGUUCAGUUGCAGAUUCUUUCACAUUUGAUUAUAAUUGCGAAGAUGAUGGGAUACAAGUGAAGGUCACCUCCAAGUAUCCAUAUACAGGUGCUAUGUAUGGCUUGUAUGAUUUUUUUACUUGUCGUAUUGAACCUAAGGAUGAGACCGAAUUUGAAUAUUUUUUCCCAUUUCCAACUAUUUCCGGAAAUUGCAGUGAUAGCAUGCGUUAUAAGGGAAGAGAUGUAGUACUGGAAAUAGUGUUAUCAACUGAUGGUGUAGAGCCAUUGUACUUUAUAACUCCUGAUGAUCUCACCUACCAAGCUCGAUGUCCGUUGAAGGAAGAUAAGCAUUCGAGUCGUGACAACGAUAUUAAUCCCAGCAUUGAAAAGUAAGU